AUGGCCUCCCCCAUAUCUGACCUCUCGGGUUCCUCAGACCAUGACAAGAAGCAGGUCCCAAGUCCGGACAGCUUUGAGCCACGUGAAAACUCUCCCGACAUCACUCACGUGAAGGACAAGUUUCCAAAGGUUAAGGAUGAAGUUUGGUUAGCACAGCGUCUAGGAAACGCCAUUACCAAACGACGCAUGAUCAUCCGGUAUAGACAGGCCAAAAAUGCUCAACCUGCAACAGCCAAGGAUCUUGUCUCUGACGACAUGACCGAGCAAGCGUCAACCUCUUCGCCCGCGACUUCUUUCAUCAGUUCGUCUGACGAAGCUACGAGCCAGGACAUUCCGGACCUGGACCACUUGACGUUCAACGGAAAGAAGCUGGAAUUUGGAGAACCCAUCGAGUGCCCAUACUGCAGAACAACCCAGGUUCUGAGUACCCAAGCGGAAUGGAGGCAAGCAAAGCACGUCUUAGCUGACCUUCAGGCGUAUGUGUGCACCUUCAAAGACUGCACUUCUGGUCUCUUUACGACUCAAAAGGAAUGGCUCACUCACGAAAUGACUGAACACGUGCAGCAAUGGAUCUGCAGUCGUUGCCACGACGCUGAGAAGCCAACAUUUGAAACUAUGUCCAAAAUUAAAGAGCACAUCGAGGCCACGCACACGGCUGAGGAGAAUCCUACCGAAAUCUUGAAAGCGAGCCAAGUACCUCUCAAGCCUUUGGGAACCUCUUCAUGCCUUCUAUGUGAUGAAUGGGAACCACCUACUAAGGAGUCUCAAAACGUCAAGGAAUUCUAUCAACACCUGGGAAAGCACCAGAAAGUUCUCGCUCUUGAAGCCCUGCCAAUGUCGUUGGACGGGCUGAGCUGCGAUGAUGGGCGCCUACUUCAUUGUUCCCCCUGUGGCCAUGUUUGGACCCCAAGCGAGAGAGGAGAAUCCUGUCCGGCGUGCCAUGAUGGCAAAGGAAAACGUCUCCCCCGGCAAGUAAAGAUGUCAACACCCUUCCCUCCACGCUGGGAAGUCAAGAUAGCCCCGGGCCGUAACAGGGUAUACUUUGUCGACCACAAUGAGGGUCAAACAACCUGGAUCGACCCUCGCAGCACGGAAGCCAGGCUUGUCUCCAACACACUCAAGAUUGGGCCACUUCCCGCAGGCUGGGAGCUCAGGUUGGAGGAGAAAUCAGGCCGUAUCUAUUUCGUGGACCACAAUUCAAGCACGACGACCUGGGAUGACCCGCGCGAAAAGGCGGAUGAUGAGAAAUCGAAGCCGCUGCCUGAGGAGCGGAAGAGAAGGGCUCUUAGCAGUCGCCUGUAA